UUCACUCAGCAACCUCUCGAGCUCCUCUCUCUCUUACACACACAACUUCGCAAGACACAUUCUUUGGUCUCACCACCACCAACAACUUCAAACAUGAAGCUGUCCGCCAUCACCCUCCUCGCCCUCGCCGCGGGUGCCAUUGCCGCUCCUGCCCCGGCCCCCGAGGCCGAGGUUGCUCCCCAGGAGGAGAAGCGAGAGGCAUCUCCUGGAUACGCGAGCUACGGCGACUACAAGGGAGCUGGCGAGAACUUGCCCAGCUAUCCUAGCUAUGGUACCUAUGGUGCUAAGCCCAAGCCCAAGCCCAAGCCUAAGCCCGCUCCUAAGAAGUACACCAACUAUGGAAGCUACAACUACAAGAAGUACGGUAGCUACGGCUCCUACAAGCGCGAGGAGGUUGAGAAGAGAGAGGCCGAGCCUGAGGCCGAGGUCGAGGUUGACGUCGAGAAGAGAGAGGCUUCCCCCGGCUACGGCGAAUACAAGGGCGCCGGCGAGAACCUCCCCAGCUAUCCUAGCUAUGGUACCUACGGUGCUAAGCCCAAGCCCAAGCCCAAGCCCGCCCCCAAGAAGCCUGCCCCCAAGAAGUACACCACCUACGGAAGCUACAGCUACAAGAAGUACGGCAGCUACGGCGCCUACAAGCGCACCACCGACUGGAUCAAGUCCUGGUUCUAA